AUGAAAAGCACAUUAUUUUUAUUUCAGGUAUUUCAAAUUCUAAGUAUCCUACAGCAUGUGUUUGCAUCUAACGAAGAUAUAACCACAAUUACAAUGAAUACCAGUUCUUAUCAGAAUCAAUUAGCUAGACAAGAAGCAGCCAAAGCCGAUAUGGCAUUCUUUAUGGUUUUUUUGGAAGAUUUUCAAAUAAAUUACGAUUCCUAUACUUCAUACAUGAUUGAUAAUCACGUUACUUUACCUCAAGCUGUAGCAAACUACUAUUUUAGGUUAGAGUUGGACAGUACUGUGGAAGCUAAUUUAUUGUCUGAUAUUGCAUACACUUUUCCAUUUACACAAUUUCAGUCAUUUAUUACCAGAUUCCCAUGGUAUUCCUCAUUAUUAGCUGAUGCAGGUGCUACAACAAUGUGUCUCCCAGAAUACUACGUAACGAAAGACAUGGGAUCAAAUAGUACUAUAAGCGCUAUAGCAGAGUCAUCAAGUUCUAUCACCAUUACCAGCUCGACGUCCAUUUCAAACGACCAUUCUGAUUCUGUCAGUUCUCACAAUGGCAGUAACAGAUUGGAAAUAAUAUUACCUAUGUUCAUCCUUGCGUUCUUCGGAUUCUUUGUUUAG